AUGAGAGGGAUGAAAAAACCAAUCACAUUUUUACAAUGAAAACCCUAAAACAACAAAGUGAACUUUGUCGUAUCAGAAACAAGUUGGAGUCAGCUCAGAACUCAACUUGCCGGAAAUUUCAGCCUGAGUUGAUCGUCGGCCACCAAAAACAGCGAUAAAGUCUACCAGGAAAAACUGAUUUGCUUUGGAAUUAAUGGAGGCCAAAUUUUUCCGCUUUCUUAAGAUUGUGGGUGUUGGAUACAAAGCUAGAGCCGAAUCUGCAGGGCGUCUAUUGUAUCUCAAACUGGGUUACAGUCAUGAGGUGGAAUUAUCAGCGCCUCCCGCUGUCCGUGUUUUCUGCUUCAAAAACAAUGUAAUUUGUUGUACUGGAAUAGACAAGCAAAGGGUGCAUCAGUUUGCAGCUACUGUUCGCAAUUGUAAGCCACCUGAAGUUUACAAAGGCAAAGGCAUAAUGUAUACUGACGAAGUUAUCAAGAAAAAGCAAGGAAAGAAGUCUAAAUGAUCAUAUGAUCUCAGCCGAUUUCACGAAGUCUAUGUCUCAGGUUCGGCUAAACUCUGCAGAAUUGUUUCAUCUAGUUUUCGAACAAUUUCACUGUUAGAAUUCUUAAACAGAAAGUCAUAGAUAUGAUCAAGCUUCAAAUAACAGCAUUUUUUUGCUUCACUCUGAUUGAUAUGUAACAUUAGAAUUUGUCUUUGUUGAGACAUUUUAUCUUUUUAAUAAUACAAAAAAUCAUGAAUUCGAAUA